UUCAGCUUUUUUUUACUUUUCUCAUCAAUUAUAUCUACUUACACGUAUGUACAUAUAUGUAUGUGUGUAAGUACUUAUUCGAUAUGCAUGUAAAAUGUAAACGCAAAAUAGUUUAAGCAUAUUACCUCGGAAAAGAAAAAGAAAUUGAUACCCAAGUACUUAGGAAUUGGGAAGAUAGAAAAAUACUAUUAUAAUUCGCUCGCAUUAUAGCAUAAAACUCGGUAAAGUUGACUAAAGUUGACUAAAGUUGGCUGCAUAGAUACGCGGCCAAGCGAUCCAUCGCAACAACUGUUUAUCCUUGACUUUCUCGGUAACAAGGAGGAAAAGAAGAAAUAUUUUUCAAUUAAUCGCUUAACCAUCGAAUGACAUAUUGAAAAAUGACGUAUACGUAAAGCCAUGAAACAGGAAGCUCGAUCGCGACAAGAACAAGGAGGCGAAGGAGAAGAAGAACGUAACAAGUGGUGGAUACUGACGCUAAGAUUCCUCAAGACGUAUUGGAAAAUAAUAUUUGCUAUAACAUGGGCAUUGUUUCUGGCACCGUUCCUUUUCAUUUACAAUUAUCCGGAAGUAAGAUGCGCGUACACGGUACUACUGAUGGCUGGAUAUUGGAUCUGUGAAUGUUUCCCUUUGGCAAUCACCUCGCUUUUACCAUUGGUCUUGUUUCCUCUCUUGGGUGUACUCGGCACAGCGGAGACGUGCAGUUGUUACAUGAACGACACUAUAAUGGUUUUCAUAGGGGGUUUGAUUCUCGCUGUAGCCAUCGAACAUAGCAAACUGCAUUUAAGAAUCGCUCUUGGAGUUAUGAAAAUGGUUGGCUGCAGCCAUGGCCGAUUGCUCGCCGGUCUUUGCGUCGUAACUACUUUUAUAUCUAUGUGGGUUUCCAACACCGCCGCUACCGCCAUGAUGGUGCCUAUCAUAUUUGCCAUCCUUAACGAACUGGAACAGGUAUCGCAAAAUACCGGCAGAUCCGGACAAUAUGGACCAAGAACCGUAAGUAUUAAACGCAAGUACGAGAGUACGAGUGAAUCGAUCGUACUUGUCGAUCGUAGGGAAUUGCAACCGACAAGAGUGACGAAAGCGUAUUUGAUGGCCGCGGCGUAUUGUUCGACAUUCGGUGGUACAGGGACGCUGGUCGGUACCGGCACCAAUCUUACCUUCAAGGGAAUUUACGAAAACACCUUUCCCGAAUCCGGAGGUAUCAACUUUACGCAGUGGAUGUUCGCAUCGAUUCCUCAAAUGAUUGUAAAUACCGCGUUAACCUGGCUCUAUCUUCGCAUAAUGUUCAUGGGUUUCCUGAGACCGGGUAGCAAGGACGCGGAACUGUCAAAUAUUGGGCCGGAAGGAGAAGCGGUGACAAAUCGAGUGGUACAGCAAAGAUACAGCGAAUUGGGUAACAUUACGUUCCACGAAAAAGGAGUUGCCACUCUUUUCAUCGCCUGUAUAUUUCUCUGGAUAUUUCGGAAACCUGGUUUCGUACGUGGAUGGUCCGAGGCUAUAUCGGACAUAGAUAUACGAGAUUCAACGCCUGUCAUACUCGUCUCGAUUCUGAUGUUUUUUAUUCCAAAAGACCCAAGUUUCAUUUACAGUUACAGCCGAGAUCGUAAGUGUAUACCUAUGAAAUUCUUUAUUACUUCGUUCGUUCGUUCGUUCGUUCGUUCGUUCGUUUGUGUAUUUCGCUUUGCAGCUGAAAAAAGGCCGCAGAAAGCUUCCGAAGGUUUGAUCACCUGGGACGUGAUCGAGACAAAGAUGCCUUGGAGUUUAAUGUUUCUGUUAGGCGGAGGAUUCGCGAUAUCCAAAGGCAGCAUAGCUUCCUGUUUGGCCAAAAGAAUUGGGGACGCUUUGGUACCGCUCAAACACUUACCGCCUGUAAUCAUCUUGGUUUUCGUUUCAUUGUUCAUCGGUACCAUCACGGAAUUCACCAGCAACGUUGGCAUCGCAAACAUUACAUUGCCGGUGGUCGCACAAAUGUGCGUUGCAAUGGAGAUACAUCCUUUAUACUUGAUGGUACCGGCAACUAUAAUGUGUUCUUAUUCCUUUCGAUUACCGGUUGGUACACCACCGAACGCGAUCGUCACGAUCGUCGGUCGAAUUCCGACAAAGUGGCUGAUGAUCGGAGGAUGCGCGCCUGCUAUUUACUCCCUCAUAGUGCAGAGUAUUUUCUUCGUUCUUUGGGGUGUUUAUGUUUAUGGUGCUUAUGGAUUUCCAUCGUGGGCCUCUAACCUUCACGCGUCCAAUUCAACUUCGAAAUGCGAUUAAAUUAAAUUUGAAAUCAUCGUGUUACUUAUUAUCGGAAUUUGCCUUUCUUUUUCUUUUUUCUCUUGUUCGAUAGACAAAUAAAGAAACAAACGUCUGCUUGUUCUUGUUCUUGUUCUCG